UAUUAGUCUAUUCUUCGACUAACAACUUAUACCUUUUCAAGGUAAUCUAAACCAGCAAAUAUUAAAAUGUAUUUUAAUUCCUAGGUUUAAGAUUAUCCGAUUAAAUGUUCCUUAAGUGUUUCGGUUCUUCCUGCGGGUUGAUUGUACCUGAUCGAUCGGUCAACAAUUAUCAGUGGCGUUCUGUUAGGGUGCAGAUAUGUGACGCUUACCUUGCAUCCAGUUCCCAAUCCUGGCAACUUUGCCGAGCAUCCAAGUUCUGAUCGAAAACUACCCCGCGGUCCCAGCCACCGGUUUGAUCUUCGGGCCCUCAUCUCAUAAUACCUACUCACCCAACAGGCAAUUAUUACUAAAGAAAUAAGGUCAAUGUAUCGUGAUUAAUCGCCUUGGUAUCCUAUCGUGUCUUGAGUGAGUCAUUAUAUAGAGCGAAUAGGUAAAUGACGUUACCGAUCCUACCCAAGUAGUCUCCUCACUCCUUUACUCACCUAUCGAAAAUUCAAGGUCAAUGGAAUACCAACAAACAGUGCCGACGCCGUCUUAUUCGGCUCCAGCUUCGGCCCCCGCUCCAAUCUCGGCUUCGAUGCCGCCGGAAGCUAGAUUAGAACGUCCCAUCUCUACGCCUUUCGCGGGGACCGACAUCCGAUCCAUAAAAACAGCUUGUGAGUUCUCCUUAGGAGAAUAUCUCACCCUCCAGAGACGGCGACGAUAUGACGACCCCGCCAGCGAACACCGCCUCCGAGCGCAGAGGGGUAUCGUCAUGAGCGACUUGCAGGCACUGCGUAGUGAGGUGUCCGACCUAGUUAAGACAACCGAAUCUCAUAGAUGGCGUCGCUGGCUGUUGGGUGGUAUUGUUGCUUCAUUUAUACCCGCGGUUCGUAGGAUCUUCCGUCGGUCCGAAAAGGAUAACGAGGCGAAUGACACCGAGUACGCAUUUAAGAGGAGUAAGUCGCUAAUCGGCCGGAUUCUGGACUCUGUACAUGGCAAAAGUAAACUUGCUUCGGUGGCCUUUUUUGUACUGGCAGUGUUAUACGUAUUCCAGAGCGAAGUGUCGUUACGAGUGGCUAGGACAAUUUCGAAACGGUUGAAGCGGCUCAUGGCCAAAGUCGAGAGGGGAGAGCAAGGUCUCGGAGAAGAGGAUAUAAAGGUUUUGAAUGGUUGGCGUUGGCGGGUGCUUCUUUGGUAACUAUUUGUUCAGAUUCGGGUAAGGCUACAUGUCUAUGUAUUGAGACUCGUAUCCUUUUCACACGUUAUAAUACCUUUGUGCCCUUUCACCUCCACACACUAAAUGCUCAUGUAUCAUAAAGGGUAGAAUAUGUUGCUCCCAUCAUCGUCAAGGAAUGAAACUACUUGAGAAUAAUUAACUAUACCUAGCAAGUGCACAUCACGUAACAACUACAACUCUCGAGAGUAAUGCUCAUCUAUUAUCUCCUAGC